CUGUUGCGAAUUCUCCGUGACAACACCGCGACCAUGGCAGAAAAGGAGCUGCUCAUACUCGAUGGUCACCUCUCAGAAUACAGCUACGUGGGUGGAUACCUGCCGACUCAGGCUGAUUUUGCCCUCCUUAAAUCAGGCCGCAUUCCAUCUGAUCCCCCUCAUAGUCUUCCUGGUGUGAGGCGCUGGGCUGCACAUAUGGCCAGUUUCACAGCCAAUGAGCUUGAAGCUUUGCCCCAGUUGAAAGAUGGGUGUAAGAUUGAUGAGCAGUUGUCAAACCUUGUUAAGAAUAAUUUAAAUAUGGAGAAAAAGGAAGCACCCAAGAAUGCAGGAGAGCAGAAGAAAGGAGGUCAAAAUAGUAAGGGAAAGAGUGGAAAAUUUGUCCUUAAAACCCCUAAAGGCACUAGGGAUUAUAACCCCGCUGAGAUGGCAGUAAGGAGAAAGGUGUUUAAUAUCAUAUAUUCAGUGUUCCAUAUGCAUGGUGCAGUUGAAAUUGAAACCCCGGUAUUUGAAUUGAAGGACGUACUUACUGGAAAAUAUGGAGAAGAUUCAAAGCUCAUUUAUGACUUGGAGGACCAGGGUGGUGAGAUCCUUUCUCUGAGGUAUGACUUGACUGUGCCCUUUGCCCGCUAUGUUGCCAUGAACAAAAUCACAAACAUCAAGCGGUACCACGUUGCCAGAGUAUACCGCAGGGACAACCCAGCUAUGACCAGAGGUCGCUACAGAGAAUUCUACCAGUGUGAUUUCGACAUUGCUGGCCAGUAUGAGGCCAUGCUUCCUGAUGCAGAGUGUGUGCAACUUGUCCAUCAAGUUCUUUCCAAACUUGAUCUAGGGGAAUAUACUAUUAAGAUCAACCACAGAAAAAUCCUGGAUGGCGUGUUUGGGGCAUGUGGCGUUCCAGCAGAGAAGUUCCGUCCAAUUUGCUCAGCAGUGGACAAGCUGGACAAGUCACCGUGGGAGGAAGUGCGAAAGGAGAUGGUUGACGAGAAGGGUUUGGACCCAAGCAUAGCAGAUACCAUUGGGGAGUAUGUCAAGCUCUCAGGCAGGGAAGACCUGAUCGAAAAAUUGGAGAAUGACGAGAGGCUAAAGGGCUCUGCCACUGCACAGGCUGGAUUUGCAGACCUAAAGCUCCUCUUCGAGUACAGCAAAGCCCUAGGGUGCGACACCUAUCUGGUAUUUGACAUGGGCCUGGCUCGUGGGCUCGACUACUACACCGGAGUGAUCUAUGAGGCUGUCUUGAAAGCAGGACAGGAAGGUGGGGAGGAGGGAACAGUUGGCAGUGUUGCAGGAGGAGGCCGCUAUGAUCAGCUGGUAGGCAUGUUUGACCCCAAGAAAAAGACCGUGCCCUGUGUUGGUGUCAGCUUUGGUAUUGAAAGACUCUUUGCCAUCCAGGAACGAAAGGAUAAAGCACAGACAGAUAAGAUUCGGGCAACUCAGACAGAAGUAUUUGUGGCAUCUGCAUGUAAAGGAAUGUUGAUAGAAAGACUGAAGUUGUUAGGCACUCUGCACGAAGCAGGAAUAAAAGCCGAAAGCAGCUACAAGAACAAUCCUAAACUCCUCAAUCAGCUCCAGUAUGCUGAAGACAACGGAAUUCCAAUGGUUGUGCUAAUAGGAGAGUCAGAAGUCCAAGAAGGAGUGGUUAAAGUGCGCAACACAAGUAGCAGAGAGGAAGUUACUAUUAAGAGGGAUGAAUUGACAGCUGUCAUCAAACAGAGAUUAUCAGUUAAUCCUUGAGUAAUUCAACUCUUUAGGUAUAUAAUUUCAAAGCAAAUGGCCUGCUAGCUCAAACCAAAGGUAGUGAAUAUCCAAAGUUAAGUGAUUUAGAAGUACUUUCAUUCUGAAAUGUUGGCUUUAUGUUUUAGUUUUUAGUCACAAAUUAGUUACCAAUAAAUUACCUUAAGGAUUUUUCUCAUUAUCACUAUAAUUAUUCAGAAUGAUCAGUUUAUCCUAGAAUAACAAAGCAAGAUUAUCAAUUUAUGGGCAAAGUCAGGUAGCACUUGUCUUGGUUUCAAGUAAUAUCAGUAAUGUUUAUAACAUUGGUUUCUUUGGGAAACAGGUAAUGCUUCAUGAGUUUUAUGUCAAGGGCUGAAGUCUUACAACUUUGGAAGAUGAUUGUCAUUUGUUUUGAAUGAUAAAAAAUAAAUGGCAGGUAACA